AUUUGCAUCUUGGAACAAAUUAAUAAUUCCUUUAGCUUGCUAGGACAGGAUCUAUCCUGUCCUAGCAAGCAUAAAGAGAUUAUUCAUUUGUCACAAGAUUCAUCUAGGUUUGGUCUUCAGGCCAGUUCUCAGUGCCAGAGUACAGCAUUAAAAUAUGUGAGGGAAAGUCCAGUCAACUAUUUAUUUAUUUAAAAUAUUUGUACCCCGCCCCUCCAGUACACUACUGCUCGGGACGGCUCAAAACAAUAAAAUAGAUACAAGACACAAUAAAAGUAAUAAAAUUAACAAACAAGUUAAAAGUCAGGUUAAAAAACCACACUUAUUAUUAGGUUCAAAUUGAAAGUUAUUUUCAAAGCUAAAAUCUGAAAAUUAUAAAAAGUUAAAGAGACAUAAUAAAUGUCUCUCGCAGAGUGCCUCCAACUCACUUCCCUCGAGCAACCAAACGCAGCUUCCAGGAGUUGGGAUUACAAGCCAGAACUUUAGGUCAGAGUUGGUGACUGCUGAAGUGGAUUGAGCUCUAGCAUUAUCUCUGAUUAGAAAUUAUCCACUGGGAUGAUCAUGCUUACACUAAGAUCCUUUCCCCAAAUCCUCUGAAUUACUAUGUAUUGGGCCCCCAAUAUAUUAUCAAAACAAAAGUUGAGGUUUAUUUAAUACACAUGUUAAUGGUUUGAGCUAUGUCAGUCCCUUUACUUCAUCUUGAGGUAGUAUUCUUUUUUCCGUAAUUCCCUCCUGCUGUCCAACUAGAAUAGUACUUGAGCAAGGAGAGGGAAAGAAACAAUAGAAAGGUGUUAGUGAUGUGACAAUGCAACUGUUAGUGUAAACCUGGUUCAGUGGUGUAACUGCUAUCUUUGUUUGUUAAUGAAUCAUCUCCACAGGAGAAAGAGAGGCAAUGGACACAGGAAAGGGGAACUUUCUCCUGUAGGUCUCUUAUUAGUAUCCUCCAUCUCUAGCUCUUGUCAUGGAAACCAUUGCUCACAUUCUGCAGGAUGUGCGUGAUUAUUGGGCUGAUAAUUUUUCUCGCAGAUUUUUUCCCAGAAGGCCAACACUUCGCCAAACAACCUCUUUGUCCACUUUCUAUCUGUUGGACUACAAAACCCGGCAAGCUGAACUGGGAAUGGAUUAUGGCCCUCCAUGUGCUCAGCUAAGCAAAAAAAAGUUUGUCUUCCAGGAUGGGGAGUGGCAGGGUGACAGUAUCCCUCAGCAGAUGCCCUUACUGCAGUUAUUCUCCUCUCCUGAGAAAGAGCAGCUUAACAAGAGUCUAAAGAAGGCAAACAAAGCCUUAGUAGAAGAGAACAAUUACCUGAAGUUACAACUAGAGCUACUGAUGGACAUGCUGACAGAAACCACAGCCCGACUGCACUCAGUAGAGAAAAAGAUGGACAGCACUUCGUGGCAUCGAAAGAUGAAGAAGACAAACAAGGUGCUGAUGCUUCGGUCUUGAACAUCUUGGACAUAAGACCUGAGAGAAUUGUAUUUCUGAAGUAGUUUGGCUUCUUGUGUCCAGGCACUUAAUAAAAUCUUGAAGAUAA